AUGGUAGACAUAUUUGAUGCUUUGCCGUACAAAUCGUUUCUCUUUCUGUCUCUCCCUCCCUUUAAGGAUUACGUGGGCGCCUUCAUCGUCCUCACAGCAGCCGUGGCCUUCAUCGCUGAAAAAUCCGCAGCUGGCCUUGUAGGUUUGGGUCUCCUCUAUGCACUGACGAUCACCAACUACCUGAACUGGGUAGUGCGAAAUCUGGCUGACAUGGAAGUGCAAAUGGGGGCCGUGAAGAAAGUGAACAGCUUUCUCAACAUGGAGUCUGAGAAUUACGAAGGCACAAUGGCCCCGCUCCUGAUACCCAAGGACUGGCCGCAAGAAGGGGAAAUCAAGAUCGAAAACCUAUGCGUCCGCUACGAGAAUAACCUGAAGCCCGUUCUCAAGCAUGUGAAAGCAUAUAUCAAGCCAGGCCAGAAGGUUCCGCCAUCUUACGAUAAUUUAAUACUUUUUCACGGGGUUUCUGGCAAAGAAAAAGAUAAUUGGAGGAUGUAUUGUGGAAGAUGGUUUGGUGUCAAAAAACUCUAA